AUGCAUCUGGCAGCCUCUCUAGGCCACCACGAAGUAUGCGAAGUACUUAUUAAGCUCGGCCACGAAGAUCCCUGCCCUGCGCUUAACGAAAGCCAUCAAACCGCGCUGAUGCUCGCCGCAGUUGGGGGCCACACCGAAGUCGUCCAGAUCCUCGUCGAGCACGAUAAAACAUGCAUCCUUCGUCGCGAUAUCCGAGGGCGCGAUGCCGUGAUGGAGGCUAGUCUUGGUGGACACGAUACCAUCCUGCAACUUCUCCUUACCCAUGUCCCCGGUGGGCCUUACGAAGCAGUUCGCCGCGCGGAUGUUGAAGGCAAUACGGCGCUACAUUUUGCGAGCGGCAAUGGAAACCUGCUAGUGUUGCGAACGCUGCUGGCGGCGGGCGCGGAUAUUCACAAGCGCAACAUCUGGAGUUGGACUCCAGCUGCCUACAGCGCUACUGUUCAGGCCGAAGUCUAUCUGAAGGGCUUGGUGAAUGAGGUUGGAAAGCGACAGCAGCAGCAGCAGAGAGAAAUCGAGACGGCCAAGAAGGGUGGUGGAGUUCGAGUUGUUGAGUCUACAAGCGACGAGGAAUGA